CACUUCAACAUGAAAUAUUUCUUCGUUUUCUUAGCAUUUAUAUUGAAUACUAACAUAGUUUUAGCCGAAGAUAUAAGACUUCUAGCAGCAUCAUCGGACAGAGUAGUGUUGAUGGAUCAAAAUGGAACAAACUUUGAAGUAAUUGUGAAAGACUACAUGUUAGAUAUAAAAAAUGUUGCCUACCACGAAACCAAGAACUACAUAUAUUGGUCGAGUUGGUCUGGUAACAUUGCCAGGGUCAAAUAUCCAUCCGUUGAUAAUGACACAGAGGUUAUUUUUCAUCAAGAAGCGGGAAAUUGUGUAUCUGGCAUUGCAGUUGAUUCUAUCAACGAUUAUUUAUACUGGUCGAACUGUAGUGAUUUAGUGAGAUCGAACCUUGACGGAUCAGACAUAACACCCAUUCUUAAUUUCAGUUCGAAUGGUUCUAUUGGAACCUUAGAAGUAGAUUCGAAAAAGGGAAUAGAUGUUUCCGACGACUAUAUUUUCUUAUCGGAUUUUUUGGACAUGUUCCAAGUAACUAAACACAGCGACUAUUCUGAACCACUUACGUUCUCAUCGCCUGAUUACUAUUUGCAGGAUAUAAAAGUUUAUGAACCUUUUGGUAGUAGAGACUGCAAAACAUAUUCAGAAAUAUAUGCCGCAGACAAAAGAUCAAAGGACUACCUCACUAACCUGGCAAGUGAUGAAGUCAUCAGUGAUGAAUAUCUACACGUUGGUUGGUACCGACCUUUUAGUGCAAAUGGCGAUGAAAUGCCAACUUCUCCUCCUGGCAAAAUGCAUUGUGGAACGAUAAAUCCCAUUUGGCUGAAUGGAACUCUUUCUACAUAUGAUGAUGGUAACGUGAGCAGAGCGGCAUGCGUUCAGACAGACAAUGACAUUUGUCAACAGUCCAUUGACAUAGAAAUAAGGAACUGUGGAGGAUACUUUAUUUAUUUUCUUCAGGAAACACCACCGAAUUCAUCUUUUUGCUUUGGAAGUGGUCCAGUUCUUUGUCCCGGUGGUACAUCGUCAGAAACAGGUUUUUACCCUGGGUGUAGCUCAUCCUAUCCAACAAUAUAUAUAUCUGUUGCUGUACAGGCAGAACUUUUAGAAGGCUCAAGUUUCCCAAUCCCAGGAUACGAUCCAACACCAAGUUUAUUACCAGUAUUCAGAUGUAAUUUUGAUGAAGAGUCAAAUGGAACUUAUAUAUACGACAUCUACUGGUAUAUCAACGGAUUUAAAAUUACGUCGUAUACUAACAUUCCAAUGAAAGAUAUAAACAUCACUUUACUAAAACAUACAGACUGGAUAGAUAGCUAUACAAUGAAUAUGGAGGUUCAAUGUGCUAUUAGAAUGAGAUAUUUAGCUAAUUCAGUUCCUGGGCCAUUACAGUACAGUGCAAAUUUCAAGGCAGGAAUAUUUCCGGAGAAAUAUGACUACACAGUCAUCGAAGGCGAACCCAUUACAAUAACAUUCAAGUCGACAGUUCCAGUUGGUUGCAUUGCCUCGCAUAAAAACCUCAUGGCUCACUGUGAUCAGAGUUUUUAUGUGUUUCAACCAAAAAGGAGCACAAACGUCGGUUCGUGUUCUAAUAACAUAGCCAUAAAAGAUAUCAUAUUCAAAGCACAAUUUUGUGGAAUCAAAUUUGGAUCCACUGACUGGCAAGAAGAGAAAAAUCUAGAAGUGUAUGGUUUUAGUGAUGGUCUGUAUAAUAGUGGAGAUAGAUCUACAUACAUAAGGCUUUCCACUUCUUCUGAGUCAGCAUUUAAUGAAAUAUGGCAAAACAUACACAUUCCGGACAUUAAGGUUAAAGUUUUAGAUAAAGAUGCGUCAAUGACAAACAGGAUUUGUCAAUCAGUGAAUGAUCCUCAUAUAACGACGUUUGAUGGAAAGUAUUAUCACUUUAUGGACAUUGGUGAAUUUGUUAUAUACAGAAAUGACAGAGGACCUUAUUGGCUCCAUGCGUUGUUGACCAAUUGUGGUUUUGGUUGGCAAGGUUCUGCUUGUCACUGUGCUAUAGCAAUACGAAGUCGCAGUUCUUUAUUUGUUAUAAGGACUUGUAAAUCUAUUUCGAGGACGAAAAAAGAACUAUUAACAACACCAGUUACCAAAUUGAUAAGUUGCGAUGACAAGGACCUACUUAUUGACUUCAAUCAAAGACGAAACGAAUACAAGGUAAUUUUACCAAUCGGAACAGAAAUCAAGAUCUUAAUAUCGAGGUGGUCGGGGUUUAUAGGGACUGUCACUGUAAAACCUUCCAUUUAUGACAUAAAAGAAGCAAAAGGACUGUGCGGUGUUCCGAGUGUCACUAAAGAUCCUUCAGAUGAUUAUACUCAUCGUUAUAAUGGACCAGUUAGCAGUGAUCAGGAAUUUGCUAAAUCGUGGAGAAUAACAUCAGCAAUGACGAAUGAACAAUUGUUUGUUGAUGAACCUGAAUUUAUCAACGAUAACUUGAUUCUUAAUCUUCCGAACAAUCCAGCAAGUAUGAAUAAUUCAACAACAUUUUGUACAUGUGAGAAUCAGGCUGGUAGUACGGAUUCACUUGAUGAUUUCAACACCCUCCAAUGUAACUUGACGGAAAGCACUGAAUUUUGCUCCAGUUCUCAACAGUCUGGAAAUCAGAUCAACUCUUAUUCUACUUCCUGUACCAUAUCUAAACGUAAAAGGCGUUCUUUAGAUCACUCCAGUGUUGUUCGACGAAGCACUACCGAUGCGGAUGACAGUGAUGAUAUAACUGAGUCGCAACCUCUUGUUUUUGAUGAGGACAUCAACAGUACAGAUGUGAUUUCUCAAGGCUUUCGAAACGGAUGGACUGCAGAAAUAGCUUACCAAACAUGUCAAGAAGCUUUGACAACAGCAAUUCCGUCUGAUGUUUACAGCGAUGUGGUUGAGGUGGAUGUUGAAAAUUUCAUACAGUCAUGUGUAGGAGAUAUUGAGGUAACUGGGGAUACGUCAUUUUUAACGGAUACUAUCAAUGCCAUGGCAACGAAUAUUAUAACGGAAAUCUCCAGAAAUGAAUCACUUUUCAUUGUGAACACAACUGAUGGUUCACAGACAAUUCUUGAGCAAAUUACAGGCAAAUUGUGUAUGAACAAUUGUAGUAAUAACGGCAUCUGUGUUUCAGGUCAAUGUGAGUGUUCGAAUGGAUAUAUUGGUGAUGACUGUUCAAGAGUCACUUCAACGCCCCCUGUGAACAUAAGUCUGCCAGCUGAAGGUUUAUGUACUACAACUACACGUUCAUGCAAAAAGACUAAUAUCUAUGGCGAUUUUUUGUCAAUGGAAGUUUGGUAUAAGAUCCGAUAUUUUAAGGUAUUGGAUAAUAUUAAAUUGUACGAAUCAAAUUGGGAAAUUUACAAGGCUCAGUAUAGAAAUAUGUUUAUGGUAACCGUCGACCUUGAUGUAUCAAGAAAAACUCGUUCAGCCUCGGGACCUAAAAUGGCAGAAGGAUAUGAAAUUACACUGUCGAACGAUGGAUCCAAUUUUGGGGAUGAAGUUACUAUCCUUAUUUAUGAUGAUGGAUGUUUUUCAUGCAAUAGAUCUAUGACAUGUGUUUCAUUGGAAAUAUGUCAAUCAUCAAUAGAGAAAGAUGAAGAUAAAAAAGAUAGUAACAAGACCACUAUAGCACUUGCCUCAUCUUUUGGUGUGAUUGGAGUGGUUGUUUGCUUGUUAGCUGUACUAUUCUACUUGAAGCACAAAAACAGUGAUGAAAAGACGAAAGUUGGUGUUUACACUGACAGCAACAACGAAAGUGAUAAAAAGUUUGGCAAAGAUAUGUUGUCAAAUGGGAUCAAGACAUUUAAAGAAAAUUCUAUCAGCGAUCUCGAUCUUUACUUUGAAGACGGCAGUGAAGCAUCAAUUUACAAUUAUGAGAAACAGCUGCCACCACAAAACCAUUUCAUUAACAAUAUAUAAAUUUUAAGAAAAUAAGAUCAGUUUUGUAAAUCAUUAUGGACCUUUUUAUGACUUUUGUCUCAAAAUUAAGAUAUGUUGUAUUGAUACUUCCAGAGUCAAAUGAAAAUUUGUAAGACAGUUUUGUAACAUCUUGGUUAAGCAAGAGUUACGAUCCACUCCCCUGCUCUCGACCUUUGUGAGAAUAAGCCAAUAUUUUGGAUAACAAUGUGGCGGCAUCUAUUGGUAGAUUACAGUCACGUCUAUUCUGGAUACACUAUUCUUGACCAAUGGUAGCAUUCAAACUCUUCAAUUUGAAGGUAAACACACUAGCAGG